AUGUUCACCGUUGCUAUUCCUCGUGACAUGAGGGAGGCGUGCAUGUGUAAGGGGUUCGAUUCUAGCUUAAUAGGACCGGCCCUCCAGUGGUAUACGAACCUUCCUAAUAAUUCAAUUAGAUCUUUUUCUCAACUAACGGAUGUUUUUGUUCAACAGUAUGCAAGCAGCAGGAAAUUGGAAAAAAUCUCAGAAGACUUGUAUGCAGUUGUCCAAAGGCAUGGCGAACCUCUUCGGGACUACAUCGGUCGCUUCAAUAAAGAGAAAGUAUCAAUCACCAACUGCAGCGAACAGACCGCUGUCAUGGCCUUCCGUAAAGGCCUUCUGCCGGGAUCAGACUUAUACAAGACUCUCACCAAGUAUCCAUGCAAAACCAUGGAAGACGUGUUGAUCCAGGCUUGGGCUCAAAUCAAAUGGGAAGAGGACCAGUACAAUAUGCAAAGAGUCUUCCCGCCAGAGAGACCCGAAAGAGACUACAGGGUCGACAGGAGAUCCGGUCGAGACAAUCGUGACAGACGAAGUGAACCCUACGCGCCAUCUCAGAGAGGGAACAAGGGGAGGCGAGAUUACGAUCAAGCACCAACUACGCGCCCGCGCGAAAGAGCGAAACUCCCAGAGUACCUCCUGUCCAUUUCACCCGUAGAGCUUGUAACAGCUUUAAUGAACCUUGGCGAUAAGGUCAGCUGGCCGGAGAAAAUGAGGGAUCCACCCGACCAAAGAGACAGAUCAAAAUGGUGUGAUUUUCAUAGUGACCACGGUCACCGCACGGACGAAUGCAUCGCACUCAGACUGGAGGUGGCGAACUUAUUGAAAAAAGGGCACCUCACCAAUUACUUGACUGACAAAGGCAAGCAGACCCUGCAGCAGGCGAGGGAUAGACAAGAGAAACACAGAGAUGACAGCCCACCAGACCCGCCACAUCACGAGAGAACUGUAAACGUGAUAUCCGGAGACAAUGGUAGCUCUGCCAAUAUUCUAUUUUACAGUGCAUACAGGGAGAUGGGUUUGGACGAGUCCAAACUAAUCAAGAAAGCUGCCGUACUCGCUGGCUUCAGUGGCGAGAGUACGACUAUUGUAGGGGAGAUCGAUCUUCCCGUCUACGUAGAAGGAAUCAACCUUUCCACUAGGUUUCUCGUGGUAAACGCCCCGUCAGCAUACAACGUCAUCCUAGGCCGUCCAUGGAUCCACGGGAUGGAAGCAGUACCAUCCACCUAUCAUCAAGUCAUACGAUUCCCAACCAAGUGGAGAGUUAAGGAGAUCAAGGGAGAGCAGAAGGACUCCAGGGCGUGCUACCAAACCACUAUGAAAGCAAAAAGUCCGUCCUUGUAG